UGGCCAAAGUUGCGUCAAGGGUGGAAGUCCUUGAAAAGAUAUGUGCACAUAAGGCCCCGACAUGGUAGGGUGUGAAAAUUUUUUUAUCAUUUCCAUUAAGAUUCAAUCUUACUUUCUGAAACUUUUGAAUCCAAACCAUAGUACAAAAGAUUUCAAUCAUCAUAUCCUGGGUCACCUUCCAUUGAGUAAAAAAAACGGAAAACAGGGCGAAGUCAAACAGAAAACGAGAAGUAGUUGGGAAAAACAUUCUCCCUGCGCAGUUUACUCCAUGGUUCGUUUUCAUGGAAAUGUAACUGGAUUGACAACAAGGGAAAUGACAACUGUACUGACAAUGAGCUGAAGACACAAUCCCGAGAAGUACGGAGGGUUUUUCAUGGGUUUUAAUAUCUUACAAUGGGGUUCUAUUAAUGUUAUUUCUCUAGAAAAUCCUCGCUUUCUUUUAUAGAAUCUUUGCCUCUGUGAACGGCUCAAAACUCUUCAGUUUUUCUCCCACCAUCAUCAUUCUUUGUGAAGGGAGAGAGAAUGGCUUCCCUUUGGGCUUCUCAAGAGGGUAUACUUGACCUGAAGCACAAGCUUCUCUGCACCACCUUUGAGCUAGAAUCGGCGAGAACAGAAGCAAAAGAGGAGAUGAUGAGAAGUGAGGAGAAUAUAAAGCAGCUACUGCAGCUCUUAAAGAUAGCUUACCUAGAAAGAGAUCAAGCAAGAGGUCAAUUGCAGAGUCUACUGAACAUCGGCUUGCCGUCUGGGCCAGUUAAAAUCCACCCAACACCUCCACAUGCCCAACCUGUAAGCCUUCUUCCUCCAGAAAUCGCAAAAGCAAACUCAUGCUUCAAGAAAUCUGAUAAUUUGUCAGGGGCAUACGAUUGCCAUUCCUAUCGUCCAUACCCACUAGAUUGCCUUUUAGACGCAAUCCUCCCCACUCAAGACUUGUCUAAUACAGACAUGGCUGAUUCAGGUACUUUGGGAGCAUCCAAACAAGCUUUUGAUUAUGGGGGGUCUAUGUCGGUGGGUAUUGUCUCUUCUGAAGCAGGCAUGAUUGAUCGAGCUUCCAUGGUAAUUGACAAUCUGGUCAAGAGAAAGCCACUGCCUCAGAAGGGAGGACUCCUAAAGGCUGUCAUAGAAGCAGGUCCAUUGCUUCAGACUCUACUUCUGGCUGGACCUCUUCCUAGAUGGCAAAAUCCUCCCCCAAUGCAAAAUUGGCAAAUUCCAACCAUUCCCAUUCCAAUUGAAGAAGGUGCUGCUGGUUUAGUUGACCAGAAAUCUAUUGUCAGUUUGAACUGCACAUCGAGUACUUCAUACUUGGAGAUCUCUCAUGGAUACUUUCAAAACUCUUCUUCAUCAAUGUCCUCCUCUGCACAUGGUUCUGGCUCAUUCCUGAACAGAGGAUGCCCAUCAUCUGAUGGUACUGAUGGUACUGAUAGUGAUUUCAUGCAAAAUCAUAUCCCAGCUGGAAAGCGAAGAAGGCUCUAAGGAUAGUAUAACAUCUGGUUUUUCUCCUUGUUUAUAAAUAUGGAUAUUAAUUGAUGAUGGUGUAACUAGUAAUUGGGAUAGUUAGGUCCUGAUUGGAUAUUUAUUUUUUGUAUAUCCAUUGCUGGUUUUCUUGUUAUGUAAACUAGCGUGAUUAAUGUUACAAAGCAAAACUCUCAUAGCAUAGGAUGCACCAUGUCAAAAAUCUUUAUACAGUUAUUAGCUCCAUAUUCUUCUGUCUCCCUUGGCCUCCUCGUAUCUCUAAAUUUGUGAGUUGGGCUGUUUUUCAUGCGGCCACAUCCUCCUGGGCUGCCAUUUCUUGUAUAACCUGCUAACUAAAAGUAAUUGUUUUUUCCUCAUUUGAUUUCUGAGAGAGGACGAAAGCCUAUUUAAUUUGUUGAGUCCGUGCCACUGUGAUCUCAUGUGCCCAAAUAAAACGGCUUUAGUAUUUUAAGUUUCAACAAGGCCAUCCCAACACCCACCUUUAGGUUUAGGAUCUGAUCUACUGCAUUGAUUUUCCAUGAAAUCUCCAUGUUUUUCUAGGACUCGUAACCAUUUUUACUGUGAUAGCAUCAUGCACUCCAUAGCUUACAAGACUUUGCACUCUCUAGCUAAAUUCAAGCCACAAAGAGAAACCCACGCCUUAGCUUGCAACCAAUUCAAAGAAAGCCAGAGAGCUCAUGGCCGUGCCAUCAAACUAGGAACCACUAUCCUUGAACCAGACAUCGUUUGCUCAUACUCUGCAUCAAAGGCAUUAUGGGAUGCUUGUAAAUUGUUCGAUGAAGUGCCUAACUGGGACGUGGUGUCGGCCACAGCCACAAUUGGCUGCUUUGCUCGAUAUCAUCAUCAUGAAGAGGCCAUCUAUUUCUUCUCAAGGAUGUUAGCGUUGAAUAUCAAGCCUAACCAGUUCAGCUUUGGUACCGUAAUUCCCUCAUCGACUGCUCUGCAAGACCUUAAUUCAGGCAGGCAACUCCAUGCUUGUGCAAUUAAGAUGGGCCUUGAAUCGAAUGUGUUUGUGGGUAGUGCAGUUGUCGAUUUUUAUGCCAAGUUGACCAGUAUAAAUGAAGCCCAGAAAGCUUUUGAAGAUACCCAUGAGCCCAAUGUCGUUUCUUACACAACUUUAAUACGUGGGUACCUGAAGAAAGAGAGGUUUGAUGAUGCUCUUGCACUUUUCCGGAGGAUGCCUGAGAGAAAUGUAGUUUCAUGGAAUGCAAUGAUUAGUGGGUACAGCCAAAUGGGCUACAACGAAGAGGCUGUGAAUCUUUUUAUUGUGAUGCUGAGAGAAGGCAUGCUGCCUAAUGAGCGUACUUUUCCUUGUGCUAUUAGCGCAGUUGCCAAUAUAGCAGCUCUUGGCAUGGGCAGAAGCUUUCAUGGUUCUGCGGUUAAGUUCUUGGGUAAGUUUGAUGUGUUUAUUGGGAAUUCUUUAGUUAGCUUCUACGCAAAAUGUGGAAGCAUGGAAGAGAGUCUCUUGGUCUUUAAUACACUUCCCAAGAAAAAUAUAGUCUCUUGGAAUGCUUUGAUAUGUGGCUACGCCAACCAUGGAAGAGGAAUGGAAGCCAUAGAUUUCUUCGAGAAAAUGCAGGACACAGGACUAAGGCCUAACAGUGUUACUCUUCUCGGCCUAUUAUUGGCUUGCAACCAUUCCGGUCUUGUUGACAAGGGCUAUUCAUAUUUCAACAAAGCAAGGGUAGAGGAGCCCGGCCUGCUAACGCCUGAGCACCAUGCGUGUAUGGUUGAUUUACUCUCACGCUCUGGGCGUUUCAAGGAAGCAGAGAAGUUUCUUCAUGAACUGCCUUUUGUUCCAGGAAUUGGGUUUUGGAAAGCCUUGCUUGGCGGCUGCCGGAUCCAUUCAAAUAUGGAAUUGGGGGAGCUCGCAGCCAGAAAGAUACUGGCUUUGGACCCUGAAGAUGUGUCAUCAUAUGUGAUGCUGUCCAACGCACAUUCUGCAGCUGGUAGGUGGCAGAGCGCGUCAAUGAUAAGGAAGGAGAUGCGGGAGAAGAGGAUGAAGGGAGUUCCAGGUUCCAGUUGGAUUGAAAUCAGAAGCAAAGUUCAUAUCUUUGUUACAGGGGAUAGAAACCAUGACCAACACGAUGAGAUUUAUCAGGUAUUGGGAUUUUGUAUUCAACAUUUAAGGGAGACUUAUUCUUUGGGCCAUCCUGAGGUGGAGGAUAUAAAACUUUAUUAUCAGUAAGAGGUUCUUCAUCAAAAAAUAAAAAAUUGAAAACAUCUUUUUAUUUU